UCUCUGUGAAAUAUCAACAUAAAUUGGCUAAUUUAAUACACUACCGGGUAAAGUUUUGUUGUGUGGCGCGCGCGCAGUGUGAACAUGUGUGUUUCAGUAUAUUCACGCCCCGCCAGUGUUGCACAAUCGUCGUGGGAUACACAGCUGUUCGGCGGAGUCAUGAACGAAAAUUAUUAUUCAAAUUGAAUUAGUUGAUUGAAAGCGAUUGCCAAACGGCGGCCAGUGGAGCAGCAAAGAUGCAGCGAGUCCAGGCCGACCAGAAGCCAGCCAGGAUGCACCAGCAUGCACACACGCAUUCGCACACCCACGGUUUGCAGCAUGCGGAGGAGAAGGAGCACAACAGCAAUGAGAUGACGACCACUUCAUCGUCGACUGCCCGAAUUGCGGCCAGCAGCAGUGCCACGCCCACAGUGGCAGCGGGCGGCGGCGGGGCCAGCGGAGCACCCACUCCGCCCAAGAGUCUGGCGCUCAAUCAGAACCAUCACUAUGCCCCCGGUUCGGACACAUCCGGGGAGCAGGAGGAGGAGCUGCUGGACUCGCGUUACGAGUGCGCAAUCUGCAUCGAUUGGCUAAAUGAACCGGUGUUGACGUCGUGCGGGCAUCGAUUUUGCCGCAGCUGCCUCACCGCCUGGAUGCAGAAGAACAAUCAGUGCUGCCCCAUGGACAACAAGCGUCUGUCCGCCGAGCACGACAUCUUUCCGGACAACUACACACGCCGCGAGAUCGAGCAACUGAAGCGGGAUUGCCCCAACUCGUCGCUGGGCUGUUCGGUGGUUGCCUCGCCCAUCGAACUGCACCGCCAUCUGCCCAGUUGUCCCUACCGGCGACAGCAGGAGCCGCAGGAGGAGAAGUGCCCGUUUGCCAAGAUCAAGUGCGACUUUGUGGGCCGACCGGAGACAAAUCAAUUGGAGGAGCACCUCAAGGCGGAUAUGCCGCAUCACAUGCAGCUGAUGCUACAGGCCUUCCAGCAGACAGCCAUUGCCACCUGGCAGCCGCACAAGCCCAGCACAAGUGGCUCCGCCGUGGAGAACGGGCACGGACAGCAGCUGCCGCCACCGCCCCAGUAUGCCAAUGGUGUGGAUGAGCAGAUUGUGCAAACGAUGUACCAGAGGAUUGUGGUGCUGGAACAGAGGACACGCGAGCAGGAGACGCGACUCGAGAAUAUGCAAAAGCAGCUGCGUCUGGCUCGCCAGCAGGCGCCCGUCGAUCCGCGCUACAGCAAUGGCACGAUUGUGUGGCGCAUCGAGCAGCUGGGCGCCUUGGUGGCACGCCUGCGGGCCAACGCCAACAAUCAGGUGUACUCGCACGAGUGCUACACCUCGCCGCAUGGCUACAAGUUCUGUGCGCGGCUAAACAUUCAGCCGAGGAAACCGCAUGUGCUCAGCUUGCAUGUGCAUUUGAUGCAGUCGGAGAAUGAUUACCACUUGGACUGGCCCUUCAAGGGUCGCAUCAAGUUGUGCAUGGUCCAUCCGGCGGAUGCGACGCUGUCACAGCACGACACCAUCAUGACCAAGCCGGAGAUCCUGGCCUUCCACAAGCCACGCGAGGCGAUCAGCACACGGGGAUUCGGUUUCCUCGAGUACGCCAACAUAUCGAACAUCAUACAGCUGGGAUUCUGCGCCGACGACCAGCUGCUCAUCAAGAUCGAGAUCAAUAUUGUCUGAAUUUGGAAUGGAAAAGGAAAUGGAACUGGAAACUCGGUGGCACUGAUGUCUUCCGAUUGCGUUAAGUUUGCACCAAGGUGGAUCGAGUCUAGGGGCCCAAAGGUAAACCGAGCAAGUAGAAAAAAAAGCCAGCUAUUAGACUUACAUGCGCAUGGUAGCAAUCAUAAUUUUCAUCUUUUUGAAGUGAAUUCAUUGCCUUAUCAGUGGUGAAUUCGGUCAAUAGAUAGAAUAUAAUCCCAUCUGUAGGAAGUAGUGGCUAAUGCUUGACCUAUUAUUACCAAGGCAAUAUAAUUUAGAACUACAGAUAGCAAUGCGACCCCGCGAUUUGUGUGAAAUUAAUCGAUCCACUUUAGUGAACUCGUACGCCAACGUACAAUAUGCAAUACCCGAUAGCUGAGACACGUAUAUAUUUUAUAUAGACUUAUAUAUAUAUAUAUAUAUAUAUAUAUAGUAUACAAGAGACCGCCAAUAGUCACCGUCUAGCCGGCGUCACAUAAAGCAAUCUCAAUGAUAUUCCAAUACUAAUCGAUAUUAUGUAUCCUAGAACUAUCUCUAAUUCUCUAUUACAUUCCUAGUGCUAUAUUAUUGGUUUUAGCGAGCAAAAGUCAGUGCAGAUCACGUCAAUAGGUCUAUAAUUGGAAAUUGGAAAUCUUAAUUGGGUUGGAUUUCCCCGUGAUCCCUUAUCAAUGCAGUUCAGUGCUUAAUUAAUCUUUAGUUUUCAAAACAUUCUCGUCAAUUUGAUUGAUUUUACCUAUAUUUGUAACUGAGUACGUCCACUUGGCAGCCAUGCCUGCUUAUUUUUUAAAACUUGUUUACUUAAUAUUCCUUCUAGAAUUAUGCUAGGUUUAUAUCUUCAGUUUAUCGUUUAGAAAAACUAAGAACGAGUGAACCAACCAGCGCUUAGAAUUUAACAUAUGUACCUUUUUGCAAACAACGAAUGAGCCGGAAAAUAUUUGGUAACCUUUAACACAAAUGCCUCCGUUUAUGAUCACCAAUUUCGUUUGGAACAAAACACGAAGGCUGUAUGUAUUAUUUUAUCACAACACUUAUUUUAGUCCCUAGCGUACGUACUAUAUGUUUAGAGUUAAGAAUCCCGGGUAGAACGCACACGCUGGCUCGGAUUGAAGCCUAGAUUUAUCUGGGUUCAGAUCGCUGGCAGCUUGGACCCCUCUCCGUUUAGGGAACCCCAAUAAAGGACACUUUUGUACCGCCAA